CUUCUCUCUCAUUCCAUUCCAUCUCAAUAACAAUAUGGCUACUCCUCCUGUAAUCCUCGCCGUUAUUUCUCUCCUCUUCCUAUCAGUACCCACCCAUUCCGCCACGUGUAAGUCCCAAAAAUUCUCAAAUAACAAAAUAUACUCCCUCUGCACCGAUCUGCCCCACCUCAAUUCCUACCUCCACUGGACCUACGACUCAUCCAACUCCUCCCUUUCAAUUGCCUUCACCGCCCCUCCCGCCAAAUCCAACGGCUGGAUCGCAUGGGGCAUCAACCCCACCGCCACCGGCAUGAUCGGAUCCCAAGUCCUCCUCGCCUACCGCCUUUCCAACGGCUUGACCGACGUCCAGACCUACAAUAUCAGCUCCUUUGGCCCGAUCGUCCCGGGAAAGAUCGCCUUUGAAGUUCCAGAGAAGCAGGCCGUGUACUCCAACCACGUUAUCACGAUCUUCGCGACGGUCGUCCUCCCAAAGGGGACGAAGACGCCGGUGAACCACGUGUGGCAGGUGGGGCCCGCCAUGGACGGAUCGAGCCCUAUACACCAUGCAAUGGCGCAGGCGAACCUGCAUGCCAAGGGUAAGUUGGAUUUCAUGAAAGGGAAGACAGUGACCGGAAACAGUAGCAGCGGAGCCGGAGGGAAUUCGUCGACCCCAUAGUCUUUUGGUAGUGGCCUGAUUUGAGUGUGUUGGGAUAUGGAGUUUGAAAAACUAUUUAAAUAAAAUAAAUUUAAAUUGAGAAAAUGAGAAAA